AUGUAAAUGGACGAGGAACUGUUAAUAAAGAAGGAAGCCUAAGGAGAAGACAUUAUACAGAAAAAAGUGAGAAUCUAAAAUGAUGAUCUUGGGGAUUACAUUCCAUUGCAAUAACAACAGGAGAUUCAAAUACAAUAAAUAUCCCAUUUACGAAAAAGGACAAUUAAGCCAUUGACAGAAAAAGAACGAAAGAAUUUACCAAUCUAUAAUGUGAGUCAUAAGAUUUUGGAGGAGAUGUAGAAUAAUCAAGUAAUUGUGAUUACAGGAGGUACAGGUUGUGGCAAGUCAACUCAAGUUCCAUAGAUGAUCUUGAGACAUCAUACUAAUACCGAAUUUGAGACUCCCAGAACAGUUAAUAUCCUAUGUACUCAACCCAGAAGAUUGGCAGCCAAAUCACUGGCCAAGAGAGUGGCCUUGGAAUUAGAUUGCCAAUUGGGCACUCUUGUUGGUUAUUAGGUUGGGAUGGAUUCACAAAUAAGUUCAAGACAAACUUAAAUCUAAUUUGUAACCACGGGAAUAUUUCUAUAAAAAUUAGUGCAUGAUAGAGAAGGAGUCCUAAGAGAUUACACACACAUUAUUAUGGAUGAAGUUCAUGAAAGAGACAUCGAUAUAGAUUUUUGUCUGAUCAUUAUCAAAAAUCUAUUGAAACAUUUCAAAGACACUAAAUUGAUUUUAAUGUCUGCAACCAUAUGCAGUGACAAAUUUGCAAACUAUUUCUCUUAAAAAUCAAUUAAUUUGGUUGAUGAUCUAACAUAUAUACAAAGAGUAGAUAGGAAAUACAAGUAUGUAGACAUGACAUAAGAAAAUGAUGUAGAAAUAGCCAUCAAAUUUGAAGGAGAAGAGGACCAUGAUAUUUUCACAUAAUGGGGUCAAGCUUGGAAAGACAUGGAGAGAUAAGUUAAAUUAACCUAAGAAUAAAGAGAAUUAGAGUAGAAGUAGAACGAAUUAAGAGAAGUAGGGUAACAUUUUUUGGAUGGAGAUGAAGAUCAACCUGCACCUAUUAUUAAGGUUCCUAUGUCAUAGAAAUAUCCUAUUGAAACUUAUUAUUUGGAAGAAAUACAUUCAUAUUUCAAUGAUACUGACACAGCUAAAGUAGAACCUCAUCAACCUUUGAGAUUUCAAACAUCAUUAUACUUUUAAGAUUCUCCUAAAAUUCAAUUAGACAGUGUCUAAGCCAUGUUGUAGAUACUAGAAUUCCUAGAUUCCACCAAAAUUAAAGAUAGUUAAGGCAUGCAAGGAGGUGGGGCUGUCUUGAUUUUCCUUCCUGGGUAUUAAGAAAUUAUGGAUAUCAGAGAAGAAAUCUACUAGAAGUUUGGAGAAGAGAGAUUUAUCAUCAUCAUACUACAUAGUACUGUCACUAUUCCUAAAGAUUUUGAUGAUAUCCAUAAAAGAAAAAGAAGAUUAAUAUUAAGUACAAAUGUGGCUGAAAGCAGUAUUACUGUUCCUGAUUGCAGAUUCGUUAUUGAUUUCUGUUUAACCAAGGAAAUUAUAUACAAUCCCAAAAACCUCACUGAAAAACUAGCAUUAUAAUACUGUUCUAAGGCAUCUGCAGAUUAAAGAAAGGGAAGAACUGGUCGUUUAUUCCCAGGAACUUGUUUUCGUUUGAUACCUCAAAGCAUCUUUAAACAAAAAAUGACUCAAUAUUCUGUAUGUGAAAUGUUGAGGUGUCCCUUGGAAAUUAUCAUAUUAAGACUAAAAAAAUUGUAUCAACUAUCCACGGAUAAUCAAAACAAAACUGAAAAAUUAGAGCUUAAUACAGUGGUUGAUUUAAAGUAGAUUUUCUAUGAUCCCAGCCGAACCCUCAAAACUGCCAUUGACCCUCCAAGUACUAAAUAAAUUGAAAAUGCAAUUUCCAAUCUUUAAAUGCUAGGAGCUCUGUCUUACCCAAAUAAUCAUGAUUAUACUAUCCAUAUAACUAGGUUAGGAUAAAUGAUGAGUGACAUGCCAAUUGAUAUCUUUUUAACAAGAUUCAUUAUGUAUUGUAACAUCAUUGGAUGUGCUUAUGAAGGUGUUACAAUAGCAGCCAUAUUGAGCCAAAGGAAAAACUACUUUUUACAUCAUUUUAUGAGAUCCUAAAAGUUGUUCUUCAAUUCCCUAUAUCUAUACGAUAAAGGCAAUGAAGAUGAUCUACUAAUACAAUUAAGAGUUUAUUAGGAAUGGGAAAUUAAAUUUUUUAAUAUUCUUAAGUCUACAAUUACUCAGCAUGAAUUAAAGAGGGAAUUGAAAAGAUUUACUAAUAGAAAUAUUGUACCUUUGGAGAAACUAUAUUGUGAAUAGAGAUCAAUUGAUCCAAAGAACAUGAGAGAAAUAUUAAAUGUGAAAUAUGAAUUAUUUAUGAGGUUGGAUUAGUAAUUUAAAAAUGAACCUCUUGAUUUGAAUAACCCAGAAAAUCAACUUAAAAUUAAGAGUGCCUUUUGUGCUGCCUUUAAAUAAAAUACUUUUAGAUUAUAAAAAGAUGAGAGAUUUGAUAAAAAAAUUAAGUACUUGAAGGAUUAAGGAUUUGAUUACACUCGUACAAUUAUGUUCGAAAGUGAUAAUAUUAAAUUUGAUGGAGUCUCAUUAUAGAACAAAGAAAUGAUAAAAGAAAAGAUUGCAAUGAUUAUGGAACAAUUUUGCGACUUUCAUUAAUUAGAUAGAUCUUAAAAAAGAUUGGAAGAUCAAUUAAAAGAUAUAUUAGCAUACCAUGAUGAAUAAGCCCAAGGCAGAUAGGGAUUACCCAGAUUCCAUUUUAGGUCAGAUUUGUAAUUGCUAACUGAAAUCAAAGCAAAAUCAAAAUUUACUAAGAAUUGGGUCAAAAGUGUCAUUCUAUUAAAUAAUACAAUUAUAAUUGAAUUCAAAGAGGUGGACUUGAUAAAACUGAAAUAUGUAUUAAAAAGGCUUAUGCAUGAAUGCGAAUUAAUGAGAAGAUAAUCAACUAGGAAAUAACCUUAAAGAAUACCAUGGGAAACAUUCACAAUGAGUAAUCAAGUGGAUAUCAUUAAUUUUGUAGAGACAACUUAAUCGUUAAUUUUCUAUGGAUGCUAUUGUAGAUUGAUUCAUUAGCAUAAAGAAAUCAAUUGUGAUCCUGAUAGCAUAAAUUUUGUUUCGUUGGACUAAAACAAGAUGCUAGUAGCUUAUGAAGUAUAGGAGAAGGAUUCAAAUAAAAGGAAUUCCACAAGACAAGUGAUUUCAAUAGAUCAAAAUAAGUAUUUGUUAUGGUCGUAGAUUUUGGCUAUGCUUUUUGGAGUACAGGUGAAACUCUUUCAUAACAACACUAAGACACACUUCAUAAAAGCAAAGGUUGAUGACAGAGACUACUAAUUUGAUUAUUUUAUCACUGAGGAUGAUUUGUAAACCAUCAAUUCAAUAAGACAAUAAAUAAAACUAUAGAUUUUAGAGUAGAGUUAUACAGAUAGUGGAAUUUGGCAAAAAAUAAGGUAGUUGGAUAAAGUGAGAUAGAAGAUAUUAUACACUUCAGAUGAAAGGUGGAAAUAAUUAUUCGAUAUUGAAUUGAAAGAUGAUAUCCUAUCAUUUUAAGAAUCUAGUGAAAAUAAGUAGAAGAGGAAGAGAAUCUAACACUUUGAAUAGGAAGAACAGAAGGCUGAUAGUUUAGAUUACAUGAAUCCAAUCUAAAUCAUAAGAACAGAUUAUGAUUCUGAAGUACCUAAGCAAUUUGACAACGAGGGAAUUAAAAUAUAUGUUCAAAUUCAAUAAUUAUACCAGACUUGGAAAUAAAAUAUAGUGAAUACUAUAAAGAAGUAGAAUUUCUUUUUAAGAAUGGGAAACACCACUCAGAUUUGUUGUUUGGAAUGCAAUGAUUACAUGACUGUUGGUAGAACUAUUGGAUUAUCAUACAUAUCUGAAGACCCUGAUAUUAGAAGACAAUUGGAUAAUGAAUCCUUGGAAUGGGCUAAGAGAAUGGUUAUGAUUUUGGAUGUGAGUUCAUUUGGUGAUUAUUUCAAUAUUUCAAUGAAGGUGGAUUAAAUCAAAGAGUUUCUAUCGGAUCAAAGAAUCUAGAGCAUUUUUGAGAAACUCAAACUGAUUUUUGAGCCAAUCAAUUAUGUGUUCAUUACAUGUAAUUCUGGUAAGCAUAUCAUUGGUUUCUAUCCAAAGAUUAAGCAAUUUAAAGAGAUAGUGCAGAUCGGAGAUAUUUAGAAAUUCUAUAUCAUAGAUUAAAAAUUGAAGUUAGUAUAUACUAGUAUGGAAGAGGAGAAAUUUAUAUUUCGAAAGUUAACUAUUGAUGAGAUCAAAAAGAAAGAAAAUUAGGUAUUUAAUUUAUAUUAAUUUUUAAGGCAGUUUAAUAGCGAAAAGUGUAGAAUUUGACAUUUACAUGCAAAUGUUGCUAUGCAGAGCAAAGAUAUGAUGAGAAAGGAUAUUUUGAAGGUAAUGAACAGGCUUACAAUCAGCAUAUCAAGCAGGAAAGCCACAAGAAGGCUUUCGAGGAGUUGUAGUUUACAAUUAUAUGA